AUGGCUAAACUGCAAAUUGUCGUCCUGUGUGCCGCGCUCGCCUUCAUCGCCUGCAUAGCCAUCAGCGAAGCGGAGCCUCAGCAACGCGGACAACGCGUAUACUAUCGUCCUGCAGCUGCGCGCUACCAGCGUCCACGCACUCGCUAUCUGGCCCGUCAGGAGGAAGCCGACGCCGUGCCUGAGGCACCAGCAGUCACCCCAUACCCUUCUGCGGAUGAACUGAAACCAGCUGUGCCCUUCGAUGAGGGUUCUCCCGCUACUAACAUUCCUGACGAAGUGUACGGCCCACCAGAAGCCAACCAGCCCGAUGAAAUAUACGGCCCACCUGAGGUCGAUGCCAACGAGUUGCCCGCCGAUGCACCCGUUGAGGCGCCAGCGGCUGACCCAGCUGCCGAAGAUUUCCCUGCGCCUUUGGAUGAACAGCAAGCUCGCUUGGUAGCUGUUCGCCGCGCUGCUGCAUUACGUCAACGCCAGCGCAAAGUGGCUGCUUACCGUCAAGCGUUGGCUGCCCGCGCCGCCGCACGCCCACUCAAGUUGAAGGCAGUGGCCCCGCGCCGCCAUUGA